UACAAAGAGCCAUACGACCUUCGGAUGCUGGCAGGAGGAAGUAGGGGAGCUGAGGCAAGGUAAAGUGUCCAUCCCUGACGAAGAUGGGGAAAGCCGGGUCCAUGGUUCCCCACCCGAGGAGCCUGGGCCCCUCAAGGAGAGUCCCGGGGAAGCCUGCAAGGCUGUGCCUGCCUUGGAAGAGGAGUGUGACAGCGUGGGCAGUGGCCUGCAGGUGGUGAUUGAGGAGCUGUGGCCGCCAGGAGCAGCCUCCACUGUGGGGCCGGGGCCCUUGGGCUUCCCAGCCGCCCAGAGAGACCUGCGGCUCCCAGGAUGUGGCCUGGCCGCCAGCGAUGGGGCCGCAAUGCUCAAUCCCCUGGUGGAUGAUUAUGUGGCCUCUGAGGGCGCUGUUCAGCGGGUGCUGGUCCCUGCUUAUGCCAAGCAGCUCUCACCAGCCACACAACUGGCUAUCCAGCGGGCAACCUCAGAGACGGGGCCAGAAAAUGGAACCAAGCUGCCACCCCCCCGCCCCGAGGACAUGCUCAGUGCUGCGGCUGCGCUGGACGGUGCCUUGGAAGAGUCAGGCCCUGGGGGACCUGGGGAGCUGAGACCCUCUCUAGGGUUUAUGGCUUCCCCAUGCAGGACCAGAGGGAGUGGGCAGAAGAACUCCAGGCGCAAGCGGGAUCUGGUACUCUCUGUGAGUGAGCUCAAUUUCUAUGCGUUUUUCUUCAGGCUGGAGAGAAGAGGGAAGAGUGAAGUGAGGGUUGUUUUCAGCUUCCCAUAUUGAAUGAGUAGUAUCCUG